AUGAAUCCCUCAAGACUCCCUCUACGGCAUGUCUCCCACGGCCUCUUCAAAUCCCUCCCAGUGACACGAUCUCGCCUCUCAACCCCACUCCAAAUCCGACAUUCCACCUCAUCCUCAAUGCCGAAAGUCGCUGAUUCGUCAGUCUGGACAGCGAUGAUUCCCAGCUUCAUACUGAGACGUAAUAAAGGUCCGAAAGAUGGUGAAAAGUCAAAGGAGUGGAAUCCCGCCAGUUUCUACAUCAUCAUUUUCAUCCUCAUCGGUUCGCAGGCUAUCCGGAUGAUUGCGCUCAAGAACGGUUACGCUGCUUAUACCCGGACUACGGAUGCUAAAAUUGAGCUUUUGCGGGAGGUCAUUGAGAGAACUAAGAAGGGGGAGAAGGUAGACGUGGAGAGGCUUCUAGGGACAGGAGACGAAGGGAAGGAAAGAGAGUGGGAUGAGGUUCUUCGUGAGAUUGAAGCAGAAGAUUCCCUAUGGCACCGUAAACCCGCACAGCCGGAACCCACCACGGAAACUCAAAAAGACCAGAAAUCCCAAGAAAACACAGCCAAGGACCCUGUUAUUCCUGCUACAGCGACCAAGGAUGAACAGCCUUCGGAUGGAAAGCGUCCUGCGCGGAAGAUGAACUUUUUCUAA